AAUGAACCCACACAUUUUCACCAUUCUCAAUUUCCGUGCAAUAGUAAAUAAGACUAUUAAAUUGAAAAGGAAUGUUAUUUAGGAACGAAGGGAGUAUAUACUUUUUAUGGAGGGGGCAAUGAAGGGAGUACUUAUCAAUUCCUUUUUUUCAUACAUUCGUUUAUACUAUUUGCAGAUAAGAGAUGUCACUUAUCAACCUUCUGGGACAAAGCUCACCCUCUUAGAUCAAGUCAAUUUCUCCCUUCGUCAAAAAAGUUGUGGCUUGAUUAUUGGACGGAGUGGGAGUGGGAAGACUACUCUCUUGCAACUGAUUGCAGGACUAAACAAACCAACAUCAGGUUCCAUUCACAUUCAACAAUAUACUGAUGAUGGACAGCCAUGUAAGUGUCCUGAACCAUUAAACCCUAGAAGCGUUGGCAUUGUUUUCCAAUUUCCCGAGAGAUACUUUGUCGGAGACAGUGUGCUUGAUGAAAUUACAUUUGGUUGGCCAAGACAAAGAGGCACCCUUCAUGCUUCAAAGCUCCAAAAGGCUCUUGAUUUGGUUGGUCUGACAGGAAUUCCUCUGGAUAAAGACCCCAACUCAUUAAGUGGGGGCUACAAACGACAGCUUGCUUUAGCAAUUCACUUAGUUCAAACACCUGAUUUGUUGGUUUUAGACGAGCCUCUCGCUGGUCUUGACUGGAAGGCUCGUGCGGACAUUGCAAAGUUGCUAAAGUGUCUAAAGAAAAAGCUGACUCUGCUCAUUGUCAGCCAUGACCUUAAAGAAUUGGCACCUCUGGUUGAUCAAACUUGGAGGAUGGAAAUGGGGGGAUCCCUUAAAGUCGCUGAAACAUUUCCCAUCUAAUGCAGAGGCACAAUCUGAGUGAUGACACAGGUAGUUCUCAUAUGCUAUCAUGGGAUCCUAUUAUGGAGCAUGGUUUUCACUUUCACGCCCAUGAACAAAAAAUAGUUAAGUGUCACAAACUCAAAGCUUUUUCUUUUAUUUGAUUCGGACUUGUGGAAAAACUAAUCAAAUCUGUAAUUUUUU